AUGGUCAAUAUUAACCGCCCGCCAGCCGAAGACUGCAGUUCCUCUCCCGUAGGAGAGGAUCAUAAGGACUUUCAAAUGUUUUUGUAAGUUUCCAAAUGACAAUGUCGUAGUGUGCACAUAGUGGCUCAUCCAUGAAGCAUGCUGAAACCUACUAAUUCUCAGGGACCGAAGGCGGUGAUCCGUUCUUGAGGAGUAAAUAAUACAUUUACAGUAUGACCUGUGUUAAAUCAUUCCAUCUUGUACGUCGGAGGGACACAACUGGGCUGGAACAACUAAAAAGACUAAGGAAAUCAGUGUACUGAAAAAAGAUGCCCCCUCCACCGCCCCUCCCCCGAACUCUGCUUAUGGCACAGACUUUCUAUUCAAAAGCCGUUUGUGCGAAAGAGUGAAAACGGCCAUUACGGUUUGGUUUUCUUAGCCAAUAAAUUUGAUCAUCAUGGUUGUAGAAUUCUUGGUAAAUUGAGUCACGCGUAUAAGCAAAAACAGAUUUCGGUGUAUAUAGGGUACUAGUGAUAUAAUAAGGUAAUAAUAGAAAACGUACAUACCUCAACAAUGGAUAUCCUAGACAAAGAAUUUCUUUGUUACUGUUCGAACAAAUCGAAUUUUCAGCUCAAGGUCAGAAUACAAAAACUAGUUAAUUACAAGAACGCGAUCGCGUUCGAAAGAGGGUUACAAAAGAGGGGAAGGGGAAUGUCAACAGGGGCCAAAUGUGGAAGCACUCGCGAGGAGGGCGUGAAGAAUUUAAGGCGUUGAACAGCUGGAUACAGUAAUGGUGUUGAUGCUUUCAAUAUUGUAGCUCCGUGCAGCAGCAGAUGAAGUCUGUGUGUUUGCUAUGACCGCUGGCACUCCUUGGCUAGCACGUGCGGAUGGCGAGAGAGGGUUAGGCGACCGGAGGUGUGAGCUCGGGCGCAUUGGCUGAAGAAGAUAAACGGCCAGCUCAUGCGUGCCACACGACGUGGUAUCCACUCCGGGUGUACCAGGCUAGGGCAGAGGAUGCUGCUCGGAUCUCACGUGGAUGGGAGCGCCAUGAAGAUCGUACUGAGAAGGAGCUAUUGCAGCCUAGCCAUUAGCUGUGCAGAAGGUCGCGUUCUCUUGUCAGUUAAGGCCUGAUUUACCGUGGGCAUGGAUUUCCCUGUGCCGGUUUCGGCCACGCGCCGCCUGAGUGUCCCAACCCGCCAAUCAACUGAUGGUGGGAUUGGACUCGGAGGCACGCCGUCUGCAGUUUACCAUAACUUCUGAUUGGCUUUGUUUCAUUGCGUGCUCUAACAGCACUCACCAACUGCAUUUAGUCGUCCAGGCGUAGACAUUUACUGGCCCGUUUGACUUACAGGAUAGUUCAGGGCUAGUAACCUGACUGGCUGACAGUGCUCGAUCUCUGCGAGGAAAGGAGCUUUUCUGUCACACCCCCUCCUCGAUGCUCACCGGAGUGCAUUUCGCACGUCACCUCUGGGGGGUCCCUUUGCGCGUACGCACGCAUGCAGGGUGCAUGCAAGCACUUUGUCCGGAAUUUAGGCCUCUGGCUGGCGACUUAAAUAGCCUCAGGCUACAACGCCCUCAACUCGCCCGAGCAGGCGCGUUAACCUUCUGUCCCCGGGUGGACAGUGUCCGCUAUGAUUGCCGAAAGAAUCCAGCCAAUCGUAACACUAGCCCGCGAGCGGGUGACCGGGCUAGCCCAGGGCGAGUAGAAUACUAUCAGGGCGGUUGACUACAUGGGUCUGACACGCGUCCGGACUUCGCGGGCCGCGCACACUUGACCGGACUUUCGACUAUGCUUGAUAUCAAACCUAUCCUCUCGUCUUUCCACCCUGACGUCUAACUCGGGAGAGGUUGGGCAAAGUUGCUCAGCUCCCUAGUCAUAUCCGACAAAAAACUGGAUCAGUGCGAAGGAAUGUACAGUAGGUGGGCUAACUCAUGAAAUGUCAACCGAAAUUCCAAAAUGCGUUUUCGCUUCGAAAAGAUUAAUUAAGUAGGGUUGUAAAAUUAGUCAGACUGUAGCAUAAUUCUAUAAUAUUUCGGUUACCUCAGGGUGCCGGCUUUCGAACGGACUUCUUUGUAGCUGCAUCUAAAAACUGCACUCUGUAAGAAAUGACUACUUAUGUACCGUGCAUUUUUCUCAUUAAUUAUCGAUGCCCCUAAACGUCCAAUUAUAUUUCAUGGAAAACAUGCAUAAAAAUAUUCAUUCUUUUGCUCAUUUGGUAGAUAAUUACGUCUUCUUCCAAUCAUAUACUUCAAGGAGGGAAAUAAUUCGGUUUUCGAAAAGUUUUCCAAUUCCCGAAUAAUUUUGAACCCGCUCUACCGUUACACUUGCAUUCUGGGUUUCCAAACCACAAGUCGUAUAUUUUCCGCGUACGGUAAACCACGCAUUUCUCUACGGUAAUAAAGGAGUACCAUAUAAGAUUCAUAAAAUUUGGCAGUGGAUUUGAUCCAUAUUGUUAACUUUACAAGCCAUUUUAAUGGACUAAUAAUAAUGGCGCGGGGGGGCUGGCUGGAAACGUCAAGUGAGGGUUCAACCCACGCAAGCGACGACGUCCAUUAAAUGCUCCACGAAGUAGGCGCAGCACCCGUGACAGGCGUGCAAAGUUGUUUGUAGUUGGACGGACUUGUGCACCAUCUACUGCACUCUCUCCUCUCUCAUCGAACGUGCUCCGAUAGCGGAACAAAGUUAAGAAAGACGGAGAUGGGAGAGGGUGCGGUGACUGACAAAAAGCCCUAGCCCGUCUACGCGUGCCAAACACACAGUCUUAUCCCCACUCCGGCUGCACUGAGACACGGUAGGGCUGACAAACAUGCACGUAUACACCAACGGCUGCCGUUGGUGGCCCUGUGCCGUUGGUGCUCCCAUCGCCUCUGGCCACUCACUGAGCAGAGAAAACUCUGGCUGAUUUUCGGCCAAUCACUGAUACCCAAACUGGCCAAUCCGCUUCAAGGCCUAGCAACAGUAAUCCGUGCUUCCUCCGACAAACGUCAUGAAAACCAACACUUGCUAGGGAAGGGAGGGUAGUCGCAUACGCAUGGAAUCGAAUAAGGGGAGGCAGACUCACAGUAUCCCCUCUUUUUCCUUUCCCAUGAAGUUCAAAUAGGCAAACUGGGUCGCGAUGGCUAAAGGUAAACUUGGAAUCAAGAGCCAACCAGACAGCAACUCCACCCCGUGCGUGUCGCACACAUGCAGCUCCCUCAACGGACACCCACCGAACUUUACCCGAACACUUUCCCAUUAACGGAAUGAUGACCUCGUUUUCAGUCGGACACAGCAUCAGCAAACACUCGGUGGGCGGGGAGGUGGAGGCACAGACCGAAAUACUCCACAUGCCUUUUUUGCAGAAAAUGAUAAUCUUUAGCCCACAGCUAGCGGUUUGUGGUUUCUGCGUUAACUAAUAGUGCUGCUGCUGCUGCUGCUGCUGCUGCUGCUGCUGCUGCUGCUGCUGCUGCUGCUGCUGCUGCUGCUGCUGCUGCUGCUGCUGCUGCUGCUGCUGCUGCUGCUGCUGCUGCUGCUGCUGCUGCUGCUGCUGCUGCUGCUGCUGCUGCUGCUGCUGCUGCUUCUACUACUGUGUUCCUAGAAUUGAAAAAGGUACAUGGGAAGAGACUGUCCAUCAACACGGCUGUCAUUUAUCCCUGUCUAUCCCCCAGUUUUGCAUUUUUGCCCCAAUUCAAAACUUGCUGUGCUGAUUUGUACUUUAGGUCACUAGACAUACCAAGCAUGUGCGAGACUUGUACACGCUUAGUGACCAAGUUUAAGAAACAGAUGGAGACGAAUGCUGGAGUUCCAGGCGUACGUAUUGGUAGAAAAGGUAUAAACUGAUUGAGUAAAGGAACUAUUUGUAUCCUUUCCAGGUAUUUGCAUUCGCACAGGGGUCCAUCGCCAGAGAUGACUGCAGAAACAAAACAAGUCACAAUUAUAAGGGGUAUUAGUCAAUCAUCGGUCAGUGAUGCAGGUCUGGAGGUAAUUAUACAGGGCUCUGUAUGCCGAUACCCGAUCGACAAAUCGAGUAAGUGAGUUCUCAUUGAGGUCUAGGAUUCAGACGAUUCCCGGCCCGUCUUACUUCCGGCAUGGAAGAUUAUCCUGUUGGCUGCUAAGUUGGACUCUUGAUGUUCCGGAAGAUGUGGACAGCUACCUGUGAAAAUUCAAACUUGAGUCAUUGACCACCGAUUGUUUAAUGCCCCCUAUAAUUGUCUCCUAUUCUGGUAGAGGUUAGAGGCUAGGUUUGGGGGUAAGUGUUAGGGGUUGGGACUAGGGGUUAGGCUGGGGUUUGUCUACUGGUGGUACGGUUACAAAAUAAGAUCUGAACUGUGAUUCAAUUGUUUUUCCCAAGAUGACCUGUUAAAUUUCAAAACUGUGGUAGACUUUAUGAGCAUCCUGUGAUACCAACGAUAACGGUAUUAUAUAAAUGCAUAUAGACUUUAUUUUAGGCGUCUGUGCGCGACCUGAUACUACCCAUCAGACAACGGCGAAUAGGCAAACAGGAAAAGGCGAGGAAUCAGAGCAUGGACCAGAAGCCAGGGAAGACCCGUACUCCUAAUUACAACUCAAAAGACCGACACAUCGCGUUCCUGCUCGUGUAGCAAGCCUCUCAGGACGGAGAAUGAGGAUGUAGUGGCAUUCAUGGUAAUUCCACUCAGCUCGGAUUCGUGCGAUCCCCGUUUUCUUGUAUGACACUCUGGUCCUUUGUGUGUGGACCAAGCGGUGUGAUGGCACACCUGGGUGCGGAUUCACGCCGUGACAGCCAGAUCUGACCUCCAAUCUUCUUGACUAUGCCUUGACACCGGAUUCAAGUGGGUGGGAAGUGAUAGUGCGGCAUAUGCUGUGCAAGUCCGACAUCACUGAAGACUAAUUCAUGUACAAUUUACCGCCUCUGUGUCAACCACGCCCUGGGUCACACGCCUGACAUCGUUGGAAUGGGUGGUCGAACUGUCGUCGUCGGCUAGAUCGGAAGGAGGUUGCUGUCUCUGCCGGUCUAUCUGGUGCCGGAGGACCAGAGGAUCACGUGACCCGCGUAAUAGUCGGUAGUUGUGAGAGUUUUUUCCACGGGUGGAAACGUCUGGAGUCGUUUAUCGGAUCUGUUGCAGUUGCGAACAAAGCAAUUACGUCAAAGAAACCGGAAGACAGCUCCGAACGCGAAUGAUCGAACACGCUGCAGCGGGGCGGAGGAAUGACGCCAGCUCUCAAGUUGCGGCUCAUUCGACGACAUUCGGCCACACUCAAAUUCGACGAGGCCGAAAUUCUCGCAAGAGAUGACGACCGCGUGAGCCGGGAGCGACUUGAAUCAUGGUUUACUGGCCCCAGUCCAUUAACAAGUGCAAUGAACUUUCCCUUCCAUACUCCGUGCUGAGACUCUGUCUAGGCGGAGUAAUUAGCCACGCUGGAACUGCACAGGCGAACACUGGUCCCAACGCAUGGGUUGGUGGGUCCGAUGGUCGAGCCAUCAUCACACCAACAUCCAACGCACAUGAUGAAAUUGCAGCAAGUAACGACGCGAAUGUCGAUCAUCAAACAAUUAGCACACCAAGUGCGACGAUCCCGAAUGAAGGGGGGAGCCGGGAAUGUUCAUAGGCAUGCGGUAGCAUGGCGACUGCAUCCUAUAAAUACUGCAGCUCCUUGUGCAUGAAGCAUCCGUAUCUGCUUUUUUCCCUAAUGAUGGAUUCGAGCGGGAAUGCGAAACGUCAGGCUAAUAAAACCCUUGUCCCAGCGAUCGUGUCCCCUUCUUCAAGUUUGGAGAGUGAACACUUAUUCGAUCCCUCAUGGGUGUCUUGGUCCUGCAGAUCGUCCCCCAGUCUGCGGGACUGGGAUCUUUUCCCCGCACUGAUAGGGCGACGUCGACCACUCGCACACACUCCGAAUGAUCCUCACGUUUCGCCGUUGUAAUUAUUUCAUUCAUAUAUUAAGUACGAUCCCUGAGCAAGCCAACAAAUGAUCGAGAAUAGGAAACUUGGUGAGGACUUGUACAUGAGUCCUUGUCACAUCCUUGUCUGAAUGUCACGUUCUGCUAAAAACUAGACGUCGCUUUGUCAGAUCAUAUAGUUCCGAAAUUUCUGCCUUUAGAUCCGGAUGCCAACUGAGAGAUCUGUUUGACGCCUAACCCAGGGAAUUUGUACUUUUAUGAUAAUUUUACGAGUGUAACUCUGUGAAUAGUGCCCGUUUAUCGGUAAUUUCUUCUGCUCCGGCGCCAUGGUGUUUGAAUUUAACGCCACGCUUCAGCAGUUGUGGCUUUGAAUUUUGCCAUCAAAGAAGCACAGCUGUUGUUCCUUUCUUCCAUGUAGCAGGUCUGUGUUGAGCAGUUACGAGGCAUCUGCAGUAUGUUCCACCUGACGAUAACAAACGCGUAAUUGUUGACGUAACAGCCCCAAAAGACCGGCUCAUCCUGGUAUCACCUCUGACAAUUAACCCUCGUAGGAGUUCGGAAGUUCAAGCAACAAUCCGAUGAUUACGGUGCGAAUUUUCAACAUGUCCUUUUCGCGCCUUCUUGUUUGUUGCCGACAGCCAUCAUGGCCCUGUCUGGCGCCCUUGCUCAAGGCCACGUUGCGUCAAGGUCAUUCCUCUUCGCAGUGAGCGGUUCCAGACGCGCUGACCUGCAGCCAUUCGACAGAAUUCAACUCGGACGCACAUGCGUCCACGGGGUCGAAGCAGCCCAUGCGGCCACUUGAACACACCAUCCCUCUACGUCCCUGCGAACACAAUAUUAGCCACUUUACACCGCCCCUCGACGUACGCCAAGUGGACACCACUUCAGAUCGUCCCAAAAAACAUACAAAAGCAGUCGCCACCACUGUCUCACUAGUUUUCAGGGACGACUAGACGCAGUUGACGCCAGCCCUGGCCUUGGCAGCAGCCAAUACCGCCUCGGAAGACAAGUCGGGGUUCUGUAUGCAAUAAACCCCUCAUUCUGGUGACUUCUGUCUUUCCCUGCAACUCGGAAUAUGACCUGAUGAUUGUAGCUCAUGCCGCUGAGACAAUAGAUGUCCUUAGAUCAGUAAAAAUCAUCACUGAGCAAGUUCACAGGGGGGGUGUACUUUAACGACGGGUUUAGGUGACUCGCUCUUUUUAAGAAUGCAUUUACAUGCAUAAUAUAAUAAAAUGAGGUUGAUAAUCACAUCAGCAUACCUUGACAUUAAAUGUGGGGGUAGUAAACAUGGUCACUGGUCUGGUUGGAAGAAGUGGACUAGAUCUAGGCAGAAUGGUAUUGCCGACAAAGACAAGGGAGGCUGGAAUGGCCAUUUCUGGCUUCUUAGCCGUCGUCAGCCAGUCAUACCCAACCCCGAGGUGUGGACCACCUGGGGCUCGAACUCGCGACCUGUUAGUUAGAAGUUCAACGCCCCUAACCACUGAGUCACAGGCUCGUUGUCCUGUCACUUCCGAUCGCGAAUAUACAAUGGCAGAGGUGCGCUCACCGAUCGUCUUUGCGGAACUCAAACGUCUCAUUGCGGUCUCCCUUGUCUUUUUCGGUAACAACAUCAUGCGCCGCUGUGAAGCUACUGGUCGGGCUCGCAAGAGAGCCCUUAAAGCACAUCGGGACGAGUGGGAUCCGUAA